AUGGAGGCGCGAAGAAGACACGAUCCGAAGAGGUCUCUCCUCACAGCGUUCGCAGCAGCCGACGACGAGUUCGAGCAAGAACACGCAGCGGCCGUUUCGAUGCCACAAGACAUCAACUCGCUCGGAGAUGACAACGAUACCAAAGCUUUCUGCAAGUUCCACGGGAGAACUGGCCACGCCACUGAAAACUGCAAACACCUAAUGAGCAACCUCAUGCGCAUGUACCAUCGAGGAGAAAUCCCGCCAAUGGACGGUGAUAGAAAAGGCGGAAGCCCGCUUGGGAAAAGGAAUCGUGAUGACCACGACGACCUACCUCCGCCACCGAAGCGACAAGUCAGCAUGAUCAUGGGAGGCUUCCUGGAUAACGACGAUUCCAUAUCGGCGAUCAAGGAAUACGAACGAAAGGCCGUCGCGGCACAACGCUACCCGUAUAUCCAUAAAGGGAUCCCUACCAUCUCCUUUACGGAUAAGGAUGCGAGCGGGCUGGACAUCCCUCACCUUGACCCACUCGUAAUCACUCUACAGAUCCACGAUUGUGACGUCGCGAAGGUCCUGGUUGAUACCGGGAGUACGGUGAACCUCAUCUUUCUGGAAACACUGAACCGCAUGGGGUGGAGGAAGGAUCUAUCAAACCUACAUCCCGUCCCCUCACCGGUUUCACCGCCGAGCAUGUUUACAGCUGUGGCACAGUCCGGCUCCCCGUUUAUGUCGGCGGAAUUUCAAAGCUCUUGA